CGGGGAGCCGGGAGGAGGGGGCGCCUGUGAGCACCACGUUUGCUGACGUGGCGGGGGUGGAUGAGGCGAAGGAGGAGCUGCAGGAAAUUGUGGAGUACCUCCGCGCCCCCGAGCGCUUCUCCCGACUGGGGGCCAGACCGCCGGCGGGGGUGCUGCUGGUGGGGCCCCCCGGCACCGGCAAGACGCUGCUGGCCAAGGCUGUGGCGGGCGAGGCGGGGGUGCCCUUCUUCUCCAUCUCCGCGUCCGAGUUCGUGGAGCUGUAUGUGGGCAUGGGCGCAGCUCGGGUGCGGGAGCUGUUUGCAGCUGCUCGUCGCGAGGCGCCCGCCAUCGUGUUCAUCGACGAGAUAGACGCGGUGGCCAAGGGACGUGACAACCGGCUGCGAUCUGCGGGCAACGACGAGCGCGAGCAGACCCUCAACCAGCUGCUCACCGAGCUGGACGGCUUCGAGUGGGGACCCGACAAGGGAGCGCCCCCGCCGCCCCCGCAAGACAGCAAUGGCAGCAGCAGCAGCAGCAACAAAGCUACCGGCGGCAGCAAUGGGGGCUCCUUCCUCGGCGCGUUGCUGGGAGGAGGGGGCGGCGAUUCACCCUCCUCCCCUCCCGCCUCUUUGCAGCCCGGCACUAGCAGUCCUACCAGCAAUGGCACUCCCCACCCCCACCCCCAGCACCAGCACCCGCACCAGCCCCAGCCCGCCAGCGGUGUUGUGAUCUGUCUGGCCGCCACCAACCGCCCCGACGUGUUGGAUCCGGCACUGCUGCGACCCGGCAGGUUCGACCGGCGGGUGGCAGUGGAGCGGCCGGACAGGAUCGGUCGCGAGCAGAUCCUGCGCGUGCACCUCUCCCGCCGCCGCCUGCCGCUGGCGCCCGACGUGCGGGUGGGCGAGCUGGCUGCCACCACCACCGGCUUCACGGGGGCGGACCUGGCUAACCUGGUGAACGAGGCGGCGCUGCUGGGGGGCAGGCGGGGCAGGGACGUGGUGGGCAUGGAGGAGUUCGAUGCCGCGGUGCUGCGGGCGGUGGCGGGCAUUGAGAAGAAGCGGAGCAUACUGCAGGGCACCGAGAAGGCGGUGGUGGCGCGUCACGAGGCGGGCCACGCGGUGGUGGGGGCGGCGGUGAGCCGGCUGCUGGAGGGGCUGGGGGCGCCGGAGCGGCUGAGCAUCAUUCCGAGGACGGGGGGAGCGCUGGGCUUCACAUACACACCACCCAAGUCCGAGGACCGUGCCCUGCUGUUCGACAGCGAGAUCCGAGGUCAGCUCGCCGUACUGCUGGGCGGCCGGGCAGCCGAGCACCUCACCUGCGCCGCCCUGUCCACCGGAGCAGCGGACGACAUCCGCCGAGCCACCGACCUUGCCACGCGUGCCGUCGCCGAAUUCGGACUGAACGCCGCAGUGGGUCCGUUGCAUGUGGGAGUGCUGGCAGCCGGGGGGUCGGGGGAUGGGAGCGGG